CCAUAAAUUCUUUUCGAUUCAAUUCAAAGACGUGUUAACUGUUAACUCCUACGUGAUUCAUAGUAAAUUCUUUCGAUCUGAAAUACCUUUCUUAACAGAGUCGCUAUUCCCAAUUUAAAAAAGGGUGCUGUUUCAUACUGAGCAUUCUCAAACUCGAGUCUCUGGGCAUCAGUUUCUAUUUCUAGCGUUCGUAACUCUAGCUUUUCGGCAUCAUCGUGUAAGGAAAAUAUUCCAUCUUUGCAUCACCCUAGUCAUGGAUUUCAGAGAUAACACAAAGCCAGCUAGUGUCCCACCACUGGGUCUUAUUUAUAGUGGAUAUGGUGGCAAAAGCUCUGCAGAAGAUCUAGCAUGGGCCGAUUCCUGCCUUUGUCCAGAUGCUGAACUAUCACAGGGUGGCUUGAAUUCAUUCGGAAAUGCCUUUGCCUUAUUAGGGAUUCAUGGUUCCAAACUGAAAUCUUCCGUUGAAGAAAAUGUUGAAUUUCGUGAAGCAGGUGAAAGAAAGUUUUUUCUCAAUAAAAAAGGUAGAAACUCACAAGUGUCAGAUGAAAUAACAUCUGUUGAUUCUCUAAGAAAUGAACAAGAGGGGGGAAACAUGAUAGAUUAUGAUCAGAUCAGUGAAACAACUGAUACUUUGAACACAAGAUUUAACUUGGAUAAUGUUUUCCUUCCUACGUACAAUGAAAACCAGAUGAUAUUCGCAACUGUUGAUCCUGAGCUAGACUCGAUAUUUCCAGCAUUUGUGGAGGACCAGCCAGCUGAUAACAUCUUUAAGGUGUGGGAACUAGACAUCCCAGACGAGGAAGAUGAACUCAUUGGACAAGUGAAAAAAGCCGUAGCUGAGAGCGCCUUAGAGCCUGAAGCUUCCGUCUCUAAACGUUCUGUAGUGUGGAUAGAAUCGGAUGCUCCAUCACUUGAUGAUCUCAUUUCAGGCAUUGAUGACCUGUCUUUGAGCAGGGAGUCCAGCUAAAGGCUAACCAAUGAUCUCAUUGUUUUAGUUAUGCUAAUUCUAUGUUAUGGUUUUCAUGGCAUAGCCCUACUUAUGUGUGAGUUUAUUCCAAUAUAUCUACAGAGCAUACGAUUUUACCCAUGUACAUGAUUAUUCUACUUGUGAAUCUUAAUCAAAAGAUCUUUUAUCAUUUUGUAUCAUGUCAUUUGCUCAAUGACAAAUGAUCAUGGCACAACAGCCCUCUCUAGAAGUCUAGAGGGACUAAGCGUGAAGAUUAAUACUCUUAAGUUCCUAAUCAAGAUUUAUUCUCUAAGAUUGAAA